AACCUCAUUAUAUAUAGAAAGCUUGAUGUUUAUAUCAAAUAGAACUUAAACAGUUUGAUCCUAGUUUCUAAAUUAACGUUGUUUACACUAGAACAAUAAAAUCUUGCACGUGAGCAUGGCUGGAAAAGGAGAAGGAGCUGCAAUUGGAAUUGAUCUAGGAACAACAUACUCAUGUGUUGGUGUGUGGCAACAUGACCGUGUGGAGAUCAUAGCCAAUGAUCAGGGGAAUCGGACAACGCCAUCGUACGUUGCUUUCACUGAUACCGAACGUUUGAUUGGCGAUGCUGCUAAGAAUCAAGUCGCCAUGAAUCCUAUUAACACUGUUUUUGAUGCAAAACGUUUGAUCGGCAGACGUCACAGUGAUUCCUCUGUUGCGGGUGACAUCAAGAUGUGGCCAUUCAAGGUGGUUCCUGGUCAAGCAGACAAGCCAAUGAUUGUUGUCAACUACAAGGGUGAAGAAAAACAGUUUGCUGCUGAGGAAAUUUCUUCAAUGGUACUUGUAAAGAUGAAAGAAAUUGCAGAGACUUUUUUGGGAACGGUUGUUAAGAAUGCAGUUGUCACUGUUCCAGCCUACUUUAAUGAUUCACAACGCCAGGCUACCAAAGACGCAGGUGUCAUAUCUGGCCUUAAUGUUAUGCGUAUCAUCAACGAGCCAACGGCUGCUGCAAUUGCCUAUGGUCUUGAUAAGAAAGCGACUAGCGUUGGUGAGAAGAAUGUGCUUAUAUUUGAUCUUGGAGGUGGAACUUUCGAUGUGUCAUUACUUACAAUUGAAGAGGGUAUUUUUGAGGUUAAGGCUACUGCUGGUGAUACUCAUCUCGGAGGGGAGGACUUUGAUAACAGAAUGGUGAAUCACUUUGUACAGGAGUUUAAAAGAAAGAACAAGAAAGACAUUAGUGGUAAUCCGAGAGCCUUGAGAAGAUUGAGAACAUCUUGCGAGAGGGCCAAGAGGACCUUAUCCUCUACUGCACAGACCACCAUUGAGAUUGAUUCCCUUUUUGAGGGAAUUGAUUUCUACUCAACAAUAACGCGUGCAAGAUUUGAGGAGAUGAACAUGGAUCUUUUCAGAAAGUGUAUGGAACCAGUGGAGAAAUGCUUGAGAGAUGCUAAAAUGGACAAGAGCACGGUCCAUGAUGUUGUUCUGGUUGGCGGUUCAACUAGGAUUCCCAAAGUACAGCAGCUGUUGCAGGAUUUUUUCAAUGGUAAAGAGCUUUGCAAGAGCAUAAACCCCGAUGAGGCGGUUGCUUAUGGUGCAGCUGUUCAGGCAGCUAUUCUCAGCGGCGAAGGGAAUGAGAAGGUACAAGAUUUGCUGUUGUUGGAUGUCACACCUCUGUCCCUUGGUUUGGAAACUGCUGGAGGAGUCAUGACUGUCUUAAUUCAACGAAACACGACAAUUCCAACCAAAAAGGAGCAAGUAUUCUCUACGUACUCUGACAAUCAACCCGGGGUGUUGAUUCAGGUUUUUGAAGGGGAGAGGACCAGAACAAGAGACAAUAACUUGUUGGGUAAAUUUGAGUUGUCCGGAAUUCCACCUGCUCCCAGGGGUGUGCCACAGAUCACUGUCUGUUUCGACAUUGAUGCCAAUGGCAUUCUAAAUGUUUCUGCAGAGGACAAAACCACAGGGCAGAAGAACAAGAUCACAAUCACUAAUGACAAGGGCAGGCUUUCGAAAGAGGAAAUAGAAAAGAUGGUCCUGGAAGCAGAGAAGUACAAGGCCGAGGAUGAAGAGCAUAAGAAGAAGGUGGAGGCAAAGAACUCUCUGGAGAACUACGCGUAUAACAUGAGAAACACUAUCAAGGAUGAGAAAAUCGGAUCCAAGCUCAGUCCGGCUGACAAGAAAACUAUUGAAGACUCCAUUGAUCAGGCUAUUACUUGGCUUGAUAAUAACCAACUCGCAGAGGUUGAGGAGUUUGAGGAUAAGAUGAAAGAGCUUGAGGGUAUCUGCAACCCGAUCAUCGCGAAGAUGUACAGUGGAGGAGGUGAUGCAGGUGCAGCAGGAGCUGAUGAUGCGCCUCCUGGUGGCGCGAGUAGUGGUGCUGGUCCUAAGAUUGAGGAAGUAGAUUAAGAUUUAGGUUGGUGUUACUCGCAUUCAGUUUCCAUUUAUUCAUGUUUUUCGAGUAAUUUUAGAUGUUUGAUGAAUUCUGUUUAAAAGUCGGUAAUGAUUAUGGUAGCUUUCAUACA